AAUGAUGUCAAUAAUUUGCUUUAGGCUAUGCAGGAAUUUGGAACCAUGUGUACAGAGAGAGAAACAGAAAUUGUAAAAGGAGUUCUUCCCUAUUGGCCAAGAAUUUUCUGUAAAAUUUCACUGGACCAUGAUCGACGAGUUCGAGAAGCCACACAGCAAGCUUUUGAAAAACUUAUCCUUAAAGUAAAGAAACAAUUGGCUCCAUAUCUAAAAAGCUUAAUGGGCUAUUGGCUGAUGGCUCAAUGUGAUACUUACACACCAGCUGCAUGUGCAGCAAAAGAUGCCUUUGAAGCAGCUUUCCCUCCCAGCAAGCAACCUGAGGCCAUUGCGUUUUGUAAAGAUGAAAUUGCCAGUGUACUACAUGAUCAUCUUAUAAAAGAAACACCUGAUACACUCAGUGACCCACAAACUGUUCCAGAGGAAGAGAGAGAAGCUAAAUUUUAUCGAGUUGUAACUUGUUCCUUAUUGGCAUUAAAGAAAUUGCUUUGCCUCUUACCUGAUAAUGAGCUUGAAUCUCUGGAGGAGAAAUUUAAGUCUCUUUUAUCACAGAAUAAGUUUUGGAAGUAUGGAAAACACAGUGUACCUCAGAUUCGCUCAGCUUACUUUGAGUUAGUUUCUGCUUUGUGCCAGCGUAUUCCACAGUUGAUGAAAAAUGAAGCAUCCAAAGUCAGCCCAUCUGUUCUUCUUAGCAUUGAUGACAGUGACCCCAUUGUAUGUCCAGCUCUCUGGGAAGCUGUACUUUAUAUACUUACAACUAUUGAGGACUGUUGGCUUCAUGUAAAUGCAAAAAAAAGUGUGUUUCCCAAGCUGACAGCUGUGGUUUGUGAAGGUGGUCGGGGGCUGGCUACAGUCAUCUAUCCUUACCUUCUGCCAUUUAUCAGCAAGCUCCCUCAGACCAUUACAGACCCAAAGUUAGAUUUCUUCAAAAAUUUCCUCACCUCCCUAAUUACUGGGCUCUCAACAGAAAGAAUCAAAACCAGCGUUUCAGAGUGCUCGGCUGUAAUCUCUGCUUUUUUUGAAUGCUUACGAUUUAUAAUGCAGCAAAACUUAGGUGAGGAAGAUAUUGAAGAGAUGCUCGUCAAUGACCAGUUGAUUCCUUUUAUUGACUCAGUUCUCGAAGACCCAAGGUUGCAAGAUGGGGAACUCUUUAAUCAUUUAGCAGAAACUUUAAAUUCCUGGGAAGCCAAAGCAGAUACGGAAAAUGGUGACAAAACGGCUCACAACUUGGAGAAAGUACUACUGAAAUUCUGGGAAAGACUGUCAGCGAUGUGUGUUGAAAAAAUUGAUGAGCCUGAAGCCGACGCUAAGUCUGUUGAGGGUGUAUCUAGCCUGUUACGGGUCCUUCAGAAACCAAAGAGCGCCCUGAAGUCCAAUAAAAAAAAAGUCUGUAGGGUCAGAUUUGCCGAUGAGUUGCCUGAAAAUAAUAAAGAGAAUGAAAAAUGUGUGUCCUCAGAGGGAGAGAACGGUGAAGGCUCUGAGUUAGUGGCUGAAUAUUCUCUGACUCAUAACUAUACAGACCUUUUAUCUCCACUAAGGAAGAAACCUUUGGAAGACUUAGUCUGUAAACUAGCGGAGAUGAGUAUUCAUUACAUCAAUGAGCAGAAGUCAGAGCAACAUCUAAAGUUUCUUUCCACUCUGCUCAACUCCUUCUCUUCAACCCAAGUGUUUAAAAUGCUGGUAGGUGAUACAAAACAGAGUAUUUCCAAAACCAAACCUCUUGAAAUAGUGAAGCUUGCCCAGAAGAACCCUGCAGUACAGUUUUUAUACCACAAACUGAUAAGCUGGCUAAGUGAAGACCAGAGGAAGGAUGCUGAUUUCCUGGUGGACAUUUUGUAUAGUGCCCUCCGUUGCUGUGACAGUAACAUGGAAAGGAAAGAUGUCUUGGAUGAUCUAACUGAGAUGGAGCUGAAAUGGAAUUCUCUUCUUCAGGUUAUUAAAAAGGCGUGUUCUAGUUCAGAUAAGCAUGCUUUAGUAACUGAUUGGCUGAAAGGCGAGGUCCUUGGAGAGAAAUUGGCAGCUUUGGCAGACCAUCUUUGUAAUAAAGACUGGGAAUCCACAGUGUCUUCAGAAUCUUUCUUCUCUGAAAGAUGGAAUCUUCUAAGCUUGGUAUUAUCCCAACAUGUUAAAGAUGAUUACUUGAUUGGAGAAGUAUAUGUUGAAAGAAUUAUUGUUAAACUUCAUGAAACUUUAUCCAAAGCAAAGAAAUUGUCAGAAGUGGAAAAUAAGGACUCAUCAAUGUCUUUCAUCUGUGAUGUGGUCUACAACUACUUCAGCUCAGCUAAAGGAUGCUUGUUAAUGCCAUCAUCUGAAGAUUUAUUAUUAACUCUCUUUCAGUUAUGUGCUGAGAGCAAAGAGAAAACACAUUUGCCAGACUUCCUUGUCUGUAAACUGAAAAAUACUUGGCUCUCUGGUGUGAACUUAUUGGUCCAUCAAACUGGCAAUAUAUUUGAACAAAGUACCUUCUUACGUUUGUCUGCUUUGUGGCUGAAGAACCAAGUUCAGUGUUCAUCUUUGGAUAUCAAAAGUCUUCACCUUUUGUUAUGUACUGUUGAGGAUUUGCUAAGUACAUUUCUAGAGAGUGAAGAUCCUUCUCUUCUGGGAGUUUAUAUUGAGAGUGUGAUGCCAUGCAACAGUGAAUGGGAAAAGAUGAGACAGUCUCUUCCUAUGCAGUGGUUACAUAGACCUCUUUUAGAAGGAAGGUUGAGUUUGAAUUAUGAGUGUUUCAAAUCAGAUGCUAAAGAACCAGAUACAAAGAAGCUUCCAAGUCAUUUGUGUACUUCAGCAUUAUUGAGCAAAAUGAUAUUAGUUGCACUGAAAAAGGAAAUAGUCCUAGAAAACAAUGAGCUGGAGAAAAUAACUGCAGAACUGCUCUAUUCCCUGCAGUGGUAUGAAGAGUUAGACAAUCCACCUGUUUUUCUAACUGGAUUUUGUGAAAUGCUUCAAGAAAUGAAUAUUACAUAUGAUAGUUUAUGUGGACUUGGCAAUACUUCUGGUCUCUUACAAUUGCUAUUUAACAGAUCCAUGGAGAAUGGCACCCUUUGGUCUCUUAUUAUUGCUAAGUUGAUCCUUUCCCAAAGUGUUUCAUCGGAAGAAGUAAAAUGGCAUUAUAGGAGAAAAGAAAGUUUUUUCCCACUAACUGAAGGUAAGAUGCACACCAUUCAGAGUCUAUGUCCAUUUUUGUCAAAAGAAGAUAAGAAAGAAUUCAUUGCGCAAUGUAUACCUACCCUUUUGGCAUGGACUAAAGAAGACCUGUGCAGUACUCAUGGAAGCUUUGGACAUCUUGCCAUUUUUAAUUCUUGUCUGCAAACCAGAAGCAUAGAUGAUGGAGAGCUGUUACAUGGUAUAUUAAAAAUUCUAAUAUCCUGGAAGAAAGAUCAUGAAGAUAUUUUUCUUUUCAGUUGUAAUCUGUCAGAAGUGAGCCCAGAGAUCCUGGGUGUAAAUAUAGAAAUAAUGCGGUUUCUGUCCCUAUUUCUAAAAUACUGCUCAUCUCCGUUGGCCGAGAGUGAAUGGGACUUCAUCAUGUGCUCCAUGUUGGCUUGGCUGGAGACGACAAAUGAGAACCAAGCAUUAUAUUCUGUUCCACUCGUACAACUCUUUGCCUGUGUCAGCUUUGAUUUGGCCUGUGAGCUUAGUGCUUUUUUUGAUUCUGCCACUCCGGAUACCAUUCGCAAUCUUCCUGAAAAUCUAAUCAGUGAAUGGAAAGAAUUUUUUUCCCAAGGCAUCCACAGCUUGCUUUUACCUCUUUUGGUGACUGUUACAGGAGAAAGCAAAGAUACGUCUGAAACAUCCUUUCAGAAUGCAAUGCUGAAGCCCCUGUGCGAAACGUUAACCUAUAUCCCAAAGGACCAGCUGCUUAAUCACAAACUCCCUGCAAGGUUGACUACUGGCCAGAAAACAAACUUACCAGAGUCUCUCCAGACUUUGUUAAAUACAUUGACCCCGCUUCUCCUCUUCAGAGCUCGCCCUGUGCAAAUUGCUGUUUAUCAGAUGCUGUACAAGCUAAUGCCUGAAUUACCACAGUAUGAUCAGGAUAAUCUCAAGUCAUACGGAGAUGAAGAGGAAGAACCAGCCCUUUCUCCACCGGCAGUGCUGAUGUCUCUCCUGAGCAAUCAAGAAGACUUACUAGAAAAUGUUUUAGGGUGUAUACCUGUUGGACAGAUAGUUACUAUUAAGCCCCUCAGCGAAGACUUCUGUUAUGUCCUGGGAUACCUCCUCACUUGGAAGUUAAUACUUACUUUCUUCAAAGCUGCUUCAUCGCAGCUUCGGGCUCUUUAUUCAAUGCACCUUCGGAAAACAAAGAGCUUGAAUAAAUUGCUCUAUCACCUGUUCAGGCUUAUGCCCGAAAACCCAACCUAUUCAGAGACAGCUGUUGAGCUCUCAAAUAAGGACCCAAAAACGUUCUUCACAGAAGAACUCCAGUUGAGUAUUAGAGAAACAGCAACUCUUCCAUACCAUAUUCCACACCUGGCUUGUUCUGUCUAUCAUAUGACACUGAAAGACUUGCCUGCCAUGGUCAGGCUGUGGUGGAAUAGUAGUGAGAAGCGCGUUUUCAAUAUUGUAGAUAGGUUUACAAGCAAGUACGUCAGCAGUGUUCUUUCUUUUCAAGAAAUAUCAUCUGUGCAAACAAGUACACAACUAUUUAAUGGCAUGACGGUGAAAGCUCGAGCUACUACUCGAGAAGUAAUGGCUACUUACACCAUUGAGGAUAUAGUUAUCGAACUGAUCAUACAGCUGCCUUCAAAUUACCCACUGGGCUCCAUAACAGUGGAAAGUGGGAAGCGGGUCGGAGUGGCUGUGCAGCAGUGGCGGAACUGGAUGCUGCAGUUAAGCACUUACCUCACCCAUCAAAAUGGAAGUAUUAUGGAAGGCUUAGCAUUAUGGAAAAACAAUGUAGACAAACGUUUUGAGGGUGUUGAAGAUUGCAUGAUCUGUUUCUCAGUCAUUCAUGGUUUCAACUAUUCUCUUCCCAAAAAAGCCUGUAGAACAUGCAAGAAAAAAUUCCAUUCUGCCUGUUUGUACAAAUGGUUUACAUCUAGCAACAAAUCCACUUGUCCACUCUGUCGUGAGACUUUUUUCUGAGAAUUUUUGUUUUUUCCAUUGGAAGUAAUUCCUGAACUAAGUCAAGCAAAAGGUGUGGAUUGGACCCAUCUUAAAGUAUUGGUGUGAGGAGGCCAGUGAGCAUUACAUUUAAAUAGGACCUUCUCUGGAAAAUUAUUUUGGUUAAUGCAACGACUCUAAAAUCAGGUUUACUUAUCUUUAAAUUGCUUUGUAAAUGUUUGGGAACCUUUUCUUUUACAUAAGAAUAUUACAUAUUUGAAAGAAAAAUAUUUAUAUUAAUAAUCUCUUUGGAUAUUUAAAAAUAAAGAUGGAAAAGUCCUAAAUUACAGAAUUGGAAUUUGUGACAGCAUUGUACAACUGUAUUAUACUGAGAAACCCAUUGAGUUUGUUGAUCUGUGCUUUUUAAUGCCAUAGUGAGGCAGAUGAAUUUGAGAGGGUGAUGUACAUCUACAGAUAUUUUAAGAUUUAUUUAUUAGUCAUGACAACAAAAUUAAUUAGUAUUCUGAUGUUUAUAGAUUAUUUUAAUGAUAAAGGGGACACUAAGCUACUACUGUAGCUUAAACUACUUGAAGCAUGCUGUGAAAUCCUGUAUAAAACUGAAACUGAACUUUAAGGUGCCUCUACUUAUCAAGGGUUAUAAAAUUCAGAAAAUUAAAUUUACAACACUGACCUCUUUUGUGUGUGUAUUAGUGAAAUUUAAAUUGCAAACUUGGCCAUGAAUUUAUUAUUCAAUUUGAGUGAGUUUCCAGAGGAUAAGAAUUUGAGAUAAAUAGGAUUUGGAUUAUUUCACUCGUGAAGCAGAGUGGUGAUCAUACCUCUAUUGAGAGGGAAGAAAUUAGUAUCUGUAAAAUUUAGGGUUGGUGGGAAAAAAAUAAACAUUUAAAAAUGUUGCAGGCAGCUGUCAAUUUUGUAAGAAAUUUUCCUAAUUUUAACUAAACUUAGAUUUUGGGGAAGCUGGCUUUUCACCCAAAUUCCAGGAAUGUAAAACUUAGUAUAACAGGCAAAAGUUGAAAUAGGUGAGAACCUGCCUCUUGCCACCCUUACCCUUAAAAACUGUGCUCCAAAUAAAAAAGUAUAGAAGUUUGGAAGUUGGAAUAAUUUUGUUGCAGUCUUUCAUUGGGGAAAUACUAGCAUAUUUUAUAGUAACUAGCAUUACUUGAGGAAUUGGCUAAUCUCUGUCGCAAAUGUUUAACAAUUGGUAAAAAGCAACUCAUGUUAAAUAAAAUUACUGCUUACCAUCAA